AUGCAAUCAGAAACUGCUCCUGUCACAAAUCCCAGUCUUGAGGGCUACAGAAUGCUCGUCAAAAUGUGGACCGAGUUCUGGAACCCCACCAAAAAAACAUUCACCUCUCGAUGGAGCUGCCAUGGCGUCUAUGGCGACGAAAAGAAGUUCAAUGUCUGGUCUGUGGCCGUCGCCUUGGAGGCAAUUACCGAUGGUGCAAGACUAUAUCCAAAGGAAAUCACUCCCAUGAUAGACUUGGUUAUCAACGCUUUGCUAAAAUACAAGUCUCCCGAGCACCAUGGUUACUGUGCUGUUGAAAACUUCUCUGGAAACAAGGACAUAUACUAUGAUGAUGAUGCUCAGGUGGCAAUUGGCCUAAUAAAUGCUUAUGAAGUCACUGGCGGGACUAAGAGAAACUAUCUUGAUCUUGCGAGAGAUUUGCUAAGAUUCCUCAUUGGGGGUUAUAAUUAUAACAACAAUAAAGCAAAGGGUGGUGUGUAUUGGCACGUUUCUCACGACUAUGUCAAUGCUUGCACAACUGCUGAAGUUGCAAUUGCCUGUUUAAAAUUUGCUAAGUUUGUUCCAAAUGAAAGGAAUUAUUACGUUCAAUUCGCUGCCCAAUGCAUAGAAUGGCAAAUCAACACUCUAAUGGACCCUAAAGACUUCUUGAUCAAAGAUGGAAAAAGUGAAAACUCGGAUAACAUCAAUGGUGCCAAAUGGUCCUAUAAUACGGGCACAACUUUAUCUGCUGCCUGCUAUUUAUACCACUACACCAAAAGCCCAAAAUGGCUCAAAAUUGCAAACAACUUGGUAUCUGCUGCCACAAGCCAUCAUUCAGAGAUCUUCGAUAGAGACUAUCCAAUGGAAAAGAGAUACUGGAGAGACAUGUCCUAUUUCGUCCAACUAUUGUUUGAAGGUUUAGCUGACUAUAUGCUCUUUAUUGGUCCAGAGGCCUCGCAAGAGGUUAAGGACUCAAUAGAAUAUGAAUUUAAAAGACAUUUGGCUUAUUUUAGAAAAUUCAACUAUGACAAAAACGACGGCUUCUACUACCAAUGCUUUGAAUGCCAUCAAACAAGCGAAGAUGCCUAUAAGAUUUAUAAAGCUGAAUGGAAUGGCCACAAGAAUUACAAUCAAAACAAAGAAGACCAUGCCAAAAAUCUCAUUGGUGCUGCUUCUGCUGCUAGAAUUUGGUUCCAAGGUGCAAGAGUUGUGCCUGAGUUGGACCCUGAGAUUUUCUCCAAGCCCAAUUUUUAA